CCGCUUCUCACCCCGCCGCUCGUUCUGCCGCCGCCGCCGCUCUGCAGCCGCUCCUUGCCUGCCCGGUCGGGGUGGGCCCGCGUUGCACUCCAUUUAUGUGGGGCUAUUAUAAUUCCCAGCAAUUUUGAAACCGAACAUUAUAAACUGGCAAACGUGAAGAACGAAGAUCAUGAGUUUGUUUAAUCUGGACCGCUUUCGCUUUGAGAAGAGGGCCAACAUUGAAGGACAAAAUGCUCCGUCUUCAGAUUCUCCUGAAGAUCAGAAAGAGCCCACUGUUUUCAGUACUGUAAGGAAGGAUUCUACAGUUCCUUCUCCUUCAGAAGAUCAUGCUACUACUGUUGGUGGAGAAGAUGAUGAUGAUCAUACUAUUGGACCAACCUCUCCAGCAUCUGAUGUGUCUGAGGAAACCGAUGAUUCCAGUAUCCCAGAAACUCCUGAAGCUAAGAGGACAGUACAAUCCAAGUAUUUUAAAUAUAAGAAAGAUGUUAUUGAAUUGUCAUCUGAGAGUGAAGAUGAAGAAGUACGAGGGACAUGCAAAAAUAAAAAGCAAUCCUCGGUUUCUAGAAGGGAUGUUAUUAUAAUUUCUGAACCUUCUGAUGACGAAAGUGAGAAUGAAUCAUCACAAUCUCUCCAUAAAAAUAGUCCAGCUGAAAUGUCAGAUGCCACAGAGGAAGAGGAGGAGGAAGAGGAUCUGAAUUACUGUAAACUCCAAACAUUAAAAGAACUUUUCCCACAAAAAAGUGACCAAGAAUUAUUAAAGCUCAUAGAAUCAACAAAUACUAUGGAUGAAGCUAUAGCUGCUGGUCUAAAAUUGUUUGAUGAAGGAGGAUCUCGAAAGAGAAAGCUUGAAGAUGGUGAAAUGAACAAUUCUGAAGAUAAGGAUGACCAAAGUGCAAAAAAGAAAAGACUUGAACCUUUGCAAGAUCCUGAAAACGAGGGGGGAAAGCAUGAACAUCUAGUAAGCAAAUUGCACAAAGAAUUUCCAAGUUUAGAUAAAGAGGAACUGAGAGAUGUACUUCAGGAACAUAACUGGAUAUAUCAAGAAGCUUUGGAUUCUUUAAAAGCAUUUAUGGAAGAUCAAGAGGAUGCACCUUCAAAGAGUGAAGUUUCAAAUGGAGAGAGCGUCUCGGUUAAUAAUGCCGCUCACCACAAGAAAGAUACCAAUACAAAGCCGAAAGAGAAAUCAUCCAAAACUUCUGAGAAUGGCUUCAGGAGAAAGAAAAAAAAGAAGAAAAUUUGGAGUACUAAAAGGGACUCCCAGGAGGUGCAAUACGAAUCUGCUUCGGAAGCCGGUAGCUCCCUUGAUGAGGACUAUAGCAGUGGUGACGAAGUGAUGGAAGACGGUUAUCGGGCUAAAAUUCUUAGUUUUCUUCAAGGUGCUUCUCUUGGUGAACUCACUUUGAUUCCACAGUGUUCUCAGAAAAAGGCUCAAAGAAUAAUGGAGCUCCGUCCCUUUAAUAACUGGGAAACCUUGUUCACAAAAAUGUGUAGGACUAAUGGCUUGUCAGAAGAUAUUAUUUGGAAUUGCAAAACUCUACUAAGAGAGAGAGAUGUUGUGCUAAGACUUAUGAACAAAUGUGAAGAGAUCUCAAAUAAACUGACCAAACAAGUAACAAAAAUAACUGGAGAGGGAGGUGGUGGAUGGAACAUUGCCCAGCCAGCCAUCCUAAAUCCAUGGUAUAACUGUGCAAUUAGUAGUCCAGAAGAUCGUAACCUGUUUCGCAAGAUGAAACUUAAUUAUGCAAUUUUUGAUGAAGGCCAUAUGCUUAAAAAUAUGGGUUCUGUACGCUAUCAACAUCUAAUGACAAUCAAU